AUGGAGGAGGUGAUGCUGCUCGAGCACCCUCAGUCCGGCCACGUCGUCAAGUCCCGACCGUACCACUUGACGUGCCGAGCGGUGAACGCGCGAAAAAUUCGCUUCAAAUGCAAUAAUAAAUGGCUCGACGAAUCACGAUAUGAAAGUGUACUCGGCACCGACCCAGGUACACAGCUCCCAUAUAUGCAGGGUGGUGUGGAAAUCACUCGACAAGAAGUGGAACUCGGCUCUCAGGUAGAUGAAUUCUCCUGCCAGUGCUACGCCUCAGGCGCCAGUGAUUCUCAUGUGGUGCGCUCCGACCCUGCUCGGAUACGGAUAGCGUGUAAGUUGAACAGUUAUUGA